AUGGGCAGCGGCAUCAGUAAAAACACUAAGAGAGACGCAUCAACAGCCCCACGUCGAUUCAGUCAUGGUUUCCUCUCAAACAUGGGGGUCUCCAUCGCUCACAGACUUGGACACUCGGCUGUAUUUUCUCAGCCUGUGGGACUGGACGAAAGGCUGCCUGUCCCCAGACUCCUGCUGCCUCCGGAGGAGAUGUCCGACACAGAGAGAACUCCACCAGCUUUCAUCUCCGUCUUUCUGCCUGAGUUUCCAUACUGUAAAUUUCCUGGACAAGACCAUUUCCAGAUCCUGGGUUUCAUCGCUAAAGGAUCAUAUGGACCCAUCAUGAAAGUCAAGGACGUUUUCAAUGAGAAGACCUUUGCUGUUAAGGUUCUACCAAAAUCAGAGAUCUUGAAGCACGGAGUGCUGGAGCAGUCAAAAGAGGAAGUCAUCAUUCAGCGGCAACUAAAACACCCAUUCAUCCACAAUCUGCAGGACUGCUGGCAGACGCAGCGCAACCUCUUCAUUAUGUACGACUACUGCGGCAUUGGAGACUUGUACACGUACUGGUUACUGAAGGGCCAGUUUGGGGAGGAUGAGGUUCGACUCUUCGCUGCAGAGCUGGGUAGUGCGCUGGGAUUCCUACAUGACCUGGGGAUAAUUCAUAGAGAUAUAAAGAUGGAGAACAUUCUUUUAAGUGACCAAGGUCACCUUCGACUUUCUGAUUUUGGACUCUCGCAUCGCCUGAAACGAGGAGGACGAGCGUUUACAAUAUGUGGGACGAUCCAAUACAUGGCUCCUGAGGUUUUAAGUGGGGGUCCAUACAGCCAUGCUGCUGACUGGUGGUCUCUUGGCAUCAUGCUAUUCUCGCUGGUGACAGGAGAGUUUCCAGUACCAGCAGAGCCAGACCACAUCACCAUGUUGAAGAAGGUCAGAGAAUUUCCUUAUGUCCUACCCAGCACCUUCAGCUCUGCUCUGAUCUCACUGCUCUCUGAGCUUUUGUGCAAGAAACCAGCGAACCGCCUCCGUAAUCUGGAGUGUUUCAAGAUGCAGGCCUUCUUUCGUGGCACUUCAUUCGACUCUCACAUCCUCCAAAAGCUGCCUGUUGAAUUCAUCCUUGAGCUCAGGACUCAUCCUGAUUACACAACCAAAGCAAUGAGAGGCCUUUCGUUGGACUACUUUGAAAACUUUGACUGUGAUAAAAUCCUUCAUUCUCCUACAACUCCCACUGAACUGUCUCCUACUUUGGUCAACAUGGACCUGAGCCGAGCUGCAGAGCAGACUUGUAAAGCUUAA